AUGCCGCCGCGAAUGAGAAUGAGAUGGACGGCCUACGCCGGGUUCUCUACAGCCCUGGCUGGCGGCGUUAUCCUCAAGGCUCUUGCACAACGACCGAACUUCUAUUCUGCAGCCGUGUACUUGUCGCAGUCUUCGGCCAAUCUUAUGAUCCUGACGAACCUCCUCUUUGUUGUGGCGUGCACCUUCCUGCUUGGACUUCAGAAGCUCCUUUAUGGAACCCUGCGGCCGAUCGAGAUUGAACAGCUAUAUGAGAAGGCAUGGUUCGCGGUCACCGAAACAUGUCUCGCCAUGACCGUGUUCAGAGGAGAGCUGGGCCUGCCGUUCCUCGCAAUGUUCUUUGCCCUGCUCACUGGGAAGGUUUGGGGCUGGAUAGGAGAGGGUCGCGUGGAGGUGCUGGAACAACAACCACCAAGGAACCCGAGGCUUUUCCACACCCGUCUCGCGCUCAGUCUCGGCUUGAGUGUCGCUUUCGAUCUGACUAUGCUGGAAUAUGUGGUGAAGCAAGUAAUGAAGAUGGCUCGGCCAGACAUGAUGGUCAUGUUCGGCUUCGAGUUCGCAGUGCUGUCUAUUACGAGCAUUGGAACUGCGGCCAGAUAUGCUGUCAAUCUGGUCGAAAUUGGCAUUCUUCGAGAACAAAAGCGCCAGCGGAUAGAUCAGUUGAAGAGAGAGAGAGCCGAAGCAGCGGUUGCAGAAUUCCAGGCGGCCCAGACACGAGAAGCUGCCGCUACAAGCACCACUGAUGCUACUACGACGGACCCGAUCCCAACCCAACGCACCGCCGAACAGGUAGCCCAAGAAGCCUUGAAUCAACCAGUGGACGAAGCCGAGGUUGAAGUCGAGGGCUGGGAAGAGAAAGGCCGUUACAUGUUCUACCUCAACCUUGCCACGGACUUUUUCAAGCUUGUGAUCUAUUUGGCGUUCUUCUUCAUUCUUCUUGUUUUCUAUGGGUUGCCGAUACAUAUUUUACGAGAUGUGUUCUUGACGAUGCGAUCAUUCUUGAAGCGAAUUUCGGAUUUCAUGAAAUACCGAGCAGCAACGCGGGACAUGAAUGCGAGGUAUCCAGAUGCCACGGCGGAGGAUAUUGGACGGGAAGAUGUCUGCAUAAUUUGCAGAGAGGAGAUGCAUCCAUAUCAACCUGCAGCUCCCCAGGAAGGUCAGCCACCGCAACCGCCAAAUCCAGUUGCGGAGAGGAUGCGACCAAAGAAGCUACCUUGUGGACAUGUGCUGCACUUUUCUUGUCUCAGGAGCUGGCUUGAAAGACAGCAAAUAUGCCCAACUUGCAGAGCCAACGUCGUGCGACCUGCCGGGACACAGGCAGGUACAGACAAUGCCGGAGCAGGGGCAGGAGCACCAGCAGCAGGUGGACAGCCUCGGCCAGACAGACAGGGACCACGAGUCUAUCAGUUAGGUCCGUUACGGAUAGGGGUCGGCGCAGCGAGGGGCAACAAUAUGUUUGAAGAACUUCAACAACAGCUUGCUCAGGUGGGCGGUGCUGCUCAUCCUCCAGCAAAUCUAAAUCCAGAUCCGAACGCACCACGACAGUUUGGGGUGGGAUUUCGAUGGGCAAGAGGACGAGGUCGCCCGGGAGACACAAAUAUGACAACAGAAAAUCAUCUAGAUGCGCUUGGACAGCAAAUCCAACGUGAGGUCAACGAUCUGGCACGGAACUCGGCCGAACUGAGCCUUCUUCGGUCAAUGCAGACUGAACUACAGAGACUGCGGGCGACCAGGGGAAUGCCAAUACAGCCUGCCGCCACAGCACAAGCUACGCAAGGCGCCGAAGCUGCUAGCAGUACCAACAACAUCCAAUCAGGACAAUGGAACGUCACGCGGCUGGAAGGAGGUGGUCAACAGGAUGUCAUACAAGCGGGAAAUGACCGGUUACCACCAGGCCUUACACUACCGGAAGGUUGGUCAAUGAUGCCUCUGCAUGCUGUGCAAAACACCGCAUCC